AGGCACAGCUUGGCGCGGGCGGUGGCGCGGGCGGUUAAGCGGCGGGCACAAGCACAGGGAACGCAAGAUGAGGAAGAGAUUCACCUUUUUGCGUUAAUUGUAGAAAAAGAUUAUGACAAUUCUCAAGAAUGCAAAAAAAAAUUAGAAAAGUACUGCAAAGCACUAGUGGAAGCAGGUUUAAAUAAUGAACAAGUACAUAGUAAAUUAAAAGAUUUAUGCAAUACUGGAAAACAAGAUGAAAAAUGCAAAGAAAUGAAAGAUAAAAUUAAAGAUAAAUGCAAUAAACUUAAAACAACGUUAGAAGCUCCACCAAAAGCAUCUCAUACAAGCGACGAAUGCAUAGAAAACGAACGACAAUGCCUAUUUUUGGAGAGAGCAUGCCCUGAUGAUCUUAAAGAAAAAUGUAGUGACUUAAGAAAUAAAUGUUAUAAGAAAAAGCGUGACGGAGUAGCAAAAGAAGCUCUUUUAAGAGCACUUAAAGGAAGUCUUGAAAGUGAAGAUAAGUGUAAAGGGAAAAUUAAAGAUGUUUGUCGUGCAUUGGGUGAAGAAAGUGAUGAGUUAAUGCAAACAUGUUUUGAUACAAACACUGCAUGUACUUCUCUGAUAAAAGCAACAAAAGAAAAAUGUAACACUCUGAAAACAGAGAUAGAAAGAGUACUAAAAUCUGAUAAGGAAUUAAAAAAAGAAGGGCAUUCUUUGCUUGAAAAAUGCUACUUUUAUGGUCCAAGUUGUAAAGAUAAUAAAUGUAGUGAUUUGAAGGAAGAAUGUAAGAAAGAAAAAAUCAUUUAUUUACCACCAGACUCAGAUUUUGAUCCUACAAGACCAGAGGCUACGCUAGCAGAAAAAAUAGGUCUGGAAAAGCUUUAUAAGGAAGCAGCAACACAAGGAGUUGUAAUUCAAAGAGCACUAGAAAGAGAUAUUAUUGAUCUAUUAGUGUUAUUGUCAGGGAACAAACCUUUUGAUGAAGCUCCAUGCAAGGAAGUGCUCACUAAUAAAUGUGAUUCUAUUCAAUAUCUAGCAAAAGAUUUAAAAGAUUUAUGUAAAGAUAAAAACAAUUAUACAGAUAAAUGUAAAGAAUUUAAAAAAGAAUUUGAAGAAAUAAAGCUCGCUUUGACUGCAAAAUUUAAAAGUAGACAAUUUAAAGAUGAGAUUACAUUAUGGGAUGAAUUACCAAGUCUCCUUACUGAAAAUGACUGCACAAGAUUACAAUCAGACUGUUUUUAUUUCGAAAAUCAACAAUCUUUCGGAAAACAAUGUAAAAAUAUUAAGGCAGCGUGCUACAGAAGAGGGCUCUAUGCAUUAGCAAAUCAAGCAUUGCAAGACAAGCUAAGAGGAAAGUUACAUGAUACAAAUGACUUAUUGUUUAAAAAGCGUCAAAAAGAGUUAGUAAAAACAUGUGCGAAUUUGAAAGGAGAGAGUGACGAGUUAUUUAUAUUGUGUGUGCAACCAACAGAAGCAAUUUUUAUAUUAUUAGAUGAUUUGCAUAUAAAGACAGAUUUGUUACAAGAAGAUUUGAAUGAAAAACGUGAUUUCCCUACGAAGAGGGAUUGCGAGGAACUAUUAAAGAAAUGCGAUGAUCUAAAACAAGAUUCAAAAGAAGUCAAGUGGCCCUGUCGUACGUUAAAACAUCAUUGCAAUAGGCUGGAGAUUGCAGGACAAUUAGAAGAGAGAUUGUUGGAAGGAAAGAUAAAGGAUUUAAAGAAUGAAACCAUCUGUAAAAAAAAUGUCAAGGAACAAUGCAAUCAUUGGGUUAAAAAAAGGAAAACACAGUUUGUUCUUGGAUGUGUAGCACAGAAUAUUGCGUGUAAGAUCAUCACAGAAAGUCUUGCGAUUAAAUGCAGUGCAUUGAAAAGUCAUAUAGAAACUCUGAAAAUUGUAGAAGAAGCAGAAAAAAAAGAUCAAACAGAAAAAAUUUGCAAUUUUUGGGAACCGUAUUGUGACAAAUUCAUGUUUAGCUGCGAUAAUUUGGUAAAUAGUGGCAAUGGAGAGUGUGAAAAACUUAAAAAGAAUUGUGAGACUUACAGAGAAAGAUAUAACCUGGAAACACAAAUUAUGUACGAAUUUAGAGGGAAUCUUAAAGAAGAAAAGAAGUGUAGAAUAAUUCUUGAUCAAUAUUGUACACAGUGGAGUAAGACAAAAAAUAAAACAUUGGAGAGUCUAUGUAAUAGUACUAAUGGUGCUAAUAAUGAUACGAUUAGGGACAAUUUAUGUAAAAAACUGGUAGAACGAGUAAAAGCAAGAUGUGCAGAAUUGUCUACAAAAUUAAAUACAGAGAAAGAAGGGAUAAAGACAAAAGUAGAAGAAGUCAAAAAAUUGAAUGAAGAAGCAAAAAAAGCAUCAGAAAGUGCAAAACUUGUUCUAUCAUCAUUAAAGAAAAAUGAAGUGAAUUCAGGGAAAAAUGCAAAUAGUGAUCAAAAUAAAUCAGUAGGAGGAACAAAUACAACUCAAAAGACACAAGUCAGACUUGUUCGGAGAGGAACAGUCGAAGUACUUGUCACAGAGGCAGAAGUUGAAGCCUUCGAUGCAGUAUCAAGAGCAUUGGAGGCGUAUGUGGAAGUCAAUGAAGAAUGUAAAGUUUUGAAAUUAGAAUGUGGGUUUAAAGAAGAAUGUUCGACAUUGAAAGAUGCAUGCAGUGACAUUGAGAAGGCAUGCAACAAAUUGAAGUCAUUAGAAGUGAAACCAUACGAAGUAGAAACAACGACAACAACGACCACCACCACAACCACUACAACAACAACAAAGACAGAGGGAGAAGGAAAGGCAACAGACUGUCAGUCUUUGCAAACGACAGACACGUGGGUCACAAAGACGUCAACGCACACUAGCACGUCCACGACUACGUCCACGGUCACGUCAAGAAUAACACUCACCUCGACAAGGCGGUGUAAGCCUACGAAGUGUACGACAGGAGAGGAAGAUGAAGCGGGUGAGGUGAAGCCGAGUGAAGGGUUGAGGAUGAGUGGGUGGAGUGUGAUGAGGGGGGUGUUACUAGCAAUGAUGAUUUCAUUCAUGAUUUAA